GCCAACCAGGAAACGAUAGACAGAGAUCAUCUCGUUCUGUCAGAAAGCUCUCCCACCUAGUCUUCUGCACAGAGGAAGAAGUGAGGGUGGAAGUUCAGAGGAAGAGAUUAUGAAGAGAGAGGAAGAAAUGUCAAUAUCUACUAAACCUGUGGAACCUGCUCAAUCCCUAGUCCAUAUGGAAGCAAGUGUGGUUUUCGAAAGGCUCGGAGUUCGUCUACUGAGGAGAAUUAACCGUCGUUCAGUGAGAAAGGGGUUUAGCCAAGGAGCCAGCUCCGCCCACCUAAUAGCCAGCCUAAUAUUCCACAGGCUGUCGGUGGAGGCAAAGAGGAGUGAGGAUACAUCAGUUCUGGAGGGACAGCUUGAAGGAAUCAAAGUCACUGACCUCACAGAGAUUGGCAAGAAAUACAGGGACAUCCUCUCAAUGGGGAAUCAACCUGAACAGAAAGCCGUGGGAGAGAGAAUCAAGAGAACUGGCUCUGAAGAAGCCAUGCCACAAUUUCUCAGGUUUUCGGUCCACAUCAGCCCUCAGUCAGCCAUCUCCUCUCUCUGUCGUUCAAAUGACGUCCAUCUCUCAAUCUCCGUUCCCUCGAUCCACUACACUCACUCUGUGAACCUGGUUCGCGAGGUGGAGAUGUUUGUGUCUGAGUUUCAAGAAAUCUCGCGAGCUGUGAUCGAGUCGUUUAGCAGCGCCACAGUGGGCGUGGCCAAGGGAAUUGUGAACGAGAAGAGCCAGUUUGCCAAACAACUCUCCACGUCUCUUGGUCCCCGUGGUAUGCAAUCUGCGUUUCAUCCCACAGGGAUCCCCCCUGAAAUUGAGACUGUCGAUGCCCCCCUAGAUUCGACCCCCUGCGAUCAUCUCUACCUCGAAAUCCUAGUUCAAUCUCCUGUCAUCACUCUCCCCAGUUCGCUUCACGGGGACAAGUGUCUUGUGGCCUAUCUCGGAGAGAUAUCGGUGCAAAACAGCUUUGGUAGGGAAGGGUUAACAGAUUCACUGUCAACAUCGAUUGCCGGUGUUCUACCACCAGAGAGGGAGACCCUGGCGAUCAAGAUUGAUCGAAUGUCGCUUCAUGCGACGCACGAUGCUCAGAGUCGGGAACUGCUGGUGGCCAGCGGAGGCAUGACCAGUCAGGGGAAAUGGUGGAAAGUUCUGGACGAGACUAGUGCUAUGGUCAAGAUCGACAGGAGAGUGGGGAGAGGAGAGGGAGAUGGGAUAAGAGGUUCUGAGGAACCAGAGGAAAGAACUGAAAACCAGGCCAACAGUGACGAAGAAGACCUCAAAAUAAAGUCAGAAAAAUGGAAAACUGGAUGCAACAGAGAAGAAGACAAGGAAGACAGCAGAGGGGAGAAAAGGCAAGUACCACCAGUUUGGGUGAACGACGAGCUCUCAGCAGAUGUGGUGGUGACCGGAGAGAUCUGUGACCCUCUCCUUAUCUCACUCCCCAAAGACGUCUUCGACCAGAUCAGAGUCACCCUCAAGCAUGGUCUCUACAAGGCUGCCCCUCGAAAGAGAAAGAGAGAAGGAAAAGCUUCUUUGUCUGGCCAUGCACCACACUCUGUAACCAGCUCUCAGUCAUCACAAGCUGUUCCCAAGUCCGAACAAUCUCUGAAGUCCAAACCUCGAAAUGACCUACCGCAAACACUGUCUGUUAGUUUCUCUCUUCCCCAACUCUCACUCCAAUUGAAGCACACCAUUGACGCCAAUGAGAAGGACUUGGUCUUUAUCUCCUUUGAGGAGUUCACAGCAAACUGCCACAAGUCGGAACCUCAUGCUACAUCAGUGGGUUUGGCCUUGAAAAGCAUCGUCAUUGAAGACCUGAUACAGGAAAAGGAAUCUGAUUAUCGAUACAUUCUCGCCUCCUCUACGAAGCCUUUCUCUGGGAUAACACCACUGAGGACGACAUCAUCUUUUGGACUCCAGAGACUGUCUUUAUCUCCGUCACCGCUGUCACACUCUCUCCUCCCCCUCUCCCACCUCAUGUCCUCCACACCUCGCGUGGCACCUUUGUUGGACUCUGACUCCCCAUUGAGGUCGUUUACCCCGCACAACGACAGGGGUGAAACGAGUCAAACUCGUUUGAAACCAGACACAAGUGAGAGUGUGAAGCGGGAGGAGACUGGAUCAAGCAGAUCGGAAACUAGUUUUGCUACACCAAAGACCCGAUUUCAUGCAAAUCGGAUUCAAGCACUGAAGAUGUCAAGUUCUGAACCAACUUUUGCUGGUGGGAGUGAGGAAUGUGAGGUGACCGGGAGUACACUGAGACCUGAGGGAAGUAGCCAUGGAAACAGUCUCCGUAGCAACAUCAGCGGUGACGUGGUGGGGCUCCUGUCAAUCAGGGCAAUGUUUAUUGACAAAGAACACCCUCAGUUUACCAGCAGGUUCAACUCGGUUGGAGGUCAUAUAGAUGUUGAGUUUAGCUCAGCCUCAGUCAUCAUCAAUCUUCAGACCUGGGUAUUGCUCCUUGACUACCUUGGAAUAGGGAUUCCCACCCCUCCACCCUCUCCCUCUCCUUCCUCUCUACUCCUUGAGGAAGAUGAUGAUGAAUACACCAGUCCAGAGAAUGAUUCACUGGGUCCUACUGAUUCUCUUGGUCUCAUAUCUCCACCCAGUCCAUCUCACCCCGAACUUGCCACCACUACCCCUCACUUCCUAUAUCCCUCUCCUCUCUCUCCAACAGACUCCUUCCCUACUAGUAUCUUCUCAAGUUCUCUGGGCCUCAAUCCUCACCACUCCAUCUCCUCUGAUACACAGUUUUCAAAGACUGCCACUUCUGUUAGUUCUCUGAAAUAUACUUCAAAAAUUUCACAAGAAAUUUCAAACCCCCUGAAGUCAAUGUAUCAAACUAGCUCUCAUGGAUCUCUAAGCCUUCAUCACUCAAAUGAAAAAGCAACUAUCGAUUCCAAUUCCACCAAACUAUCUUCCGUCACUGAUGUAGCAAGCGAUUGUCAUACGCCCCUUUCUAUAACUGACAAGAGAAUAACCACGGAUCCAGCCAAAUCCCUAAAACUUCCUUCACUUCAUUCUGAGAAACUCAGUGGCGCGGAAUCUCUACAGAGUGGGUGUGAGGAGGGUGACGAUGAGAAGGGGGAUGAGUGUAGGAGUGAGGUGUGGGGGGUCGAGGGUAAGGGAAGUGUGGACUUAUCUCUGAAGGUGAGGUCACUGACUGUGACCUUCAACAAGCCAGAGCACCCACUGGCACAGGGGGUGGUGAGUGAGUUGGUCGCUAGAGUUGAGACUCGUCGCGGAAAUCUUCAGUUGAGUGGGAAACUGGGGCAGGCGUCGGUGGUGGAUUUGACCGAGACUGGAGAUUACUAUAGAGAGAGGUUCACCACCACUGGAGAUCCAGCACUCACGUUUGAAAUUUUCAAGUUUGGGCGACCGGAUCCGGACAUGGACAGACCGUUUGACAUAAGUGCCCGACUGGACCUGGCAUCAGUCAGAUAUCUCCACACCAUGAGGUUUCUGAAGGAAGUGCUGGCCUUCUGCUCCCAUUUCCCUCAACUCAUCGAUGCCUUCCAGAGAAUGAAGGCCAUGGCACAGGGAAACCUGGAAUACGAUGGUCCAGAUCGCAAAGCUAGAAUCAGCCUUGACGUGGACCUGACAGGACCAAUCCUUCUGAUCCCCAAACAUGCCUUCUCCUCUGAAAUUAUGGUUGGAGAUUUUGGUCACAUCAAAGUCACAAAUUCCACUAGGUAUGAUGGUGAUGAGGGGACACUGACUCACAUGAACGUCGACUCUGGAUCAGACUACGACCAACUGACCACACCCAUAUCUGAGAGGAGUGGCCUAUUCUCGCAGGCUCCACCCACCGACAUGUCUGACACUGAAGAAGACAGACAGCGAGUGGAGAUGAGACUCAAGUCUCGCAGUGGUCCAUGUCUACUGGACUGUAUAAAGUUGGAGUUGACUGAAGUUGACGUGUUCUCAGCUCUCAAGGUUCCUCUGGAUGGAGACAAGUUUAAGAUUGUUCGCCAGAGGGGUAAGGUGCUGAAGGAGAAGGGAGAACUGACACUGUACAUUGAGAGGAAUCUCUUCGAAGACUUCUGCAGAGACGUCCCAGACCUGCAUAUAGAGGGGACGCUGUCAGCCAUCCAUGUGAUGCUAGACAAGACACAGUUGGAGCUGGUGAAGGGACUGCUGGCCAUGAACCUAGGAGAGACCAUUGAAGACUUUGAGAAACCUUCCACUGUUAUCAGAGACCCCAUUGCACCUCCAGUGGCAGCAGACGUGUGGACUGGGUUCCUGUUUCGCAUCAAGUUCCUGGGAGUCCAGCUGGAGUUCCUGCAGCAGAGACAGAGCGAGGUCCCCGGGUCUCUGGAGGUGUCUCUGGCCCUGUUUGACAUCCAGGACUCCCAGUUCUCGUUCUGCAGUCGCUCGGACCAGACACGGACCGUGGACUUCACCAAUCACGCUGUCAUUGGCUAUGAUACCAGAUACAGUGGUUAUGAUGAUGACUCAAAACCAAGUGUCUUCUCUGAAGUUUUGAGACCUCGUUUCAAGACAACUGACAAUAGACCCAUCCAGAUCCAGAUCCAUGUGACAGUCAGCCCCGCCCGCAUCGGAGCCACAAUUCUCCUGAAUAAACUGCGACUCAUCGGUCUCUUUGAUCUUCUGCUUUCUCUCAAGUCCUUUGUCUUUGACAGUAUCCCUGAAAAACUGGAGAUGGAUGUGGAUGAAGUGGAUUUUACUCCCGAGCCAUCUCUAAGACCGGGAAAACUGGACUCCCAGCUGAAACCAUGGGAACGACCUCCUCCCUGUGGCUCCACCCACAGAAGACAAGCCGCCACGAGAGGUCAGAGUUCGACUGAGCAUCACCGAGACUGACAUUGUUGUAGUGGAAGAUCUUUCUUCCUUUUCUUCAAAUGCAGUGGUCCUCAAGGGCACGUUGAUUCUAAAGUUCCAGUCUUUACCAAUGCCCACAAAACACUCUACACCUCCAUCGAUGGUCUCGAGCUUUUCUCCUGUAACCUUGACAACGAGGAUGAGUCAGCACUCUCCAUUCUUGAUCCAGUCACCAUAACGAUGGAAAUCAAACCCCCUAAUGAGAGGGUGCCCCCCGGGGCGAAAGGUGAGAGGAAAUUUAGUUCCAGGGGGUCGGCAAAGAGUGAAGAUGAGGUUGGAGAAGGAACAAUGCAGCCAUUUGAGGUUGAGUUCAAGCAGCUGAAUGUCCGACUGUCGUACAAUGAUCUGAAGUUGUUCCUGGCCAUAGCUCAGUCCCUGCCUCCCCUCACCUCCACCCCUUCUGCUCCCCCGACUCCCUCAGGGAACAAAGUCAACAAUGCCCUAGUGAAGCAGAUGCUUCCACUGGGCUACACCAAGUCAGAAAUACGCCACCAGCUCUUCCUCAACUCCAACAACCACAGUAGUAGUGAGGGAGACCCAGCAGUGAGGGAAGAAGGGGUGGAGGAGGGGCAGGGUACUGGAGGAAAGGUUGAAGAAGUAGACACUGCAACUGGGAUGAAAUUUACUGUUGGAAAAAUUGAGCUGUCCAUACGGAGUGUGAGUGUAUGUCUGAUUGAUGACAGCGCCAACAGAGACGUUCCUCUCCUAGAACUCUCCUUUUCCCACGUCCAGGUAUAUACGCAUUGCGGCAUUGUGUGCGUGAUACGUACGUCGCGCGCACGGCAAGUUACGCGUUAGCGCAUGCGCACUGUUUUUAGGGGUGGAGCUUGUACGAUCGAACGCGCACUCGACUCAGAUCCAUUGGGGGGGAGUGAGAGAGAGGAUGGCGGAGUUACCGUCCAUUGUAACGACAAUUCCUUCGGCUACUACUCCAAGCGAGGAAGACGAAGGAGACCCUCAGAUCGUGGAGAAGUUUCUACCGUGCUCCGUCCACCCCGACAACCACUCCGACAUGUUUUGCGAGUCUUGCGAGGAGGUCGUGUGUCAGGAGUGUGCAGCCCAGGGCGGGGCGCACGGCUCCCACGAGUGCGCCAAAGUAUCUGCGGUGUUCCCGAAACAUCGGGACGAGCUCUUGGCUAAGGUUCAACCAGUUUACGACCAGCUCGCCGCGACGAACGCCGCUCUUGACAAACUCCGCGCGGAGAGAGAGUUUCUCGUACGCCAGCAGGAGGCGGUAACGCGCGAGGUAAACGAAGAGGCCCAGCGGAUCCGAGAGGCGUUGGAAGAGCGGAGGAAACAGCUCUAUGCCCAGAUAGACGAAGAGACGGAGAGAAAGCUACGUAACAUGCGGGAACAGCGUCGCCGUACCGUAGAAGUCUACAGCCGACUCAGGGCCUAUUACGAGUACGUUCAGAACAUGGUAGAGACGGGGAGCGAGAUGGAGGUGCUGUCUAUGAGCACCACUAUAUGCCAACAGGCUAGAGAUAUCACUGCAGCACUGGGUAAUCCUGAAAUCUUCGAGCCCUGCGAAGAAGCGGAUCAGGACUUCAGCGCGGACGGAGCUACGGAACUAGCGGAACAGUUGCGUAAUUUCGGACAGAUUACGGAGUACAAGUCGAUAAUCUGCCCGGAGAAAUGUCGGGCGGAGGGCUCGGGGACCGAAAUUUCAGUGGUGGGGGAACCUGCAGUGGUCAGAGUCCAUGUAGUGGACCAGGAGAACAGGGAGUACCUCCGAAAAGUUGACAUAACCUUUGAACUUGUUUCAGCCGAAAACCCAACUCUCAAAUUCGCAUCUGGGGUUGGGGAAAGAAACGAAGAUACGCCAUACGACAUCAGGUUCAACACGACCCAAAGAGGGUUAUUCAAGCUUCAUAUUCGAGUGAAUGGAGCUGAAAUAGCUGGCAGUCCGUUUGAAGUGCAGUCGAUUCUACUUGUCUCGGGGCUGAGACAGCCGUGGGGUGUGGCUGUUAACUCUAGUCGAAGAGAAGUGUACGUUUCGGAGAGUUCCGGCCAUUGUGUGUCAGUGUUUGACGUUGGGAGUGGGGACAAACUGAGGUCGUUUGGUGGGCGAGGAAAUGGUCCGUGUCAAUUCGACACGCCAUGCGCAGUGGCUAUAACUCCUACCGGGGACCUUCUGGUGUGCGACUGCAACAAUCAUCGACUUCUGCUUCUCUCUCCCGAGGGAACUCCGUUGAAAUCAGUGGGCUCCAAGGGAAAGAAAGCCCUUCAGUUCAACGAGCCUGUCGGUGUAGGGGUCCACCCUAAAACGGGGAAGAUUUACGUGACGGAGUUCAGAAACAAUCGGGUUCAGAUCUUGAACAGUGAUCUUACGUAUUCAGCGAGGUUUGGGCGAAGUGGCAGCGAGCAAGGGGAGCUAUCCAGGCCUUACGGAGUAGGUUUCGAUGAAGAUGGAAAAGUUUACGUUUCAGAGAGAGGGAACUGCAGAAUUCAGGUUUUCUCUGAAACUGGCAAGCAUUUGAGGAUGUUUGCUGGCAAUAGUACUGAAGGUGGUGUUAAUUUGGAGGUGGGGCUUCGUGAGCCGGUGGGUGUGGCUUUGGACACCAGUGGGCGUGUCUUUGUCAGUGACGUCGGGAAGAAUUCAGUGGAGGAAUUCUCUUCUGACGGUCGGUUCGUUAGGUCGGUGGGAAAGGGGUGUGGUCAGGAGGCGGGGCAAUUUCGCAAUCCGUUUGGCAUCGCAGUGGAUAUAGCUGGAGCUGUAUAUGUUGCUGAUUUUGGAAAUGGACGACUACAAAUCAUUUAGAACUCGUAUUUCAUACUACAGUUCGUUAGAACUCUAUAUUUGUAUGCACAAAAUUAAUAGCAUAACAAUGUAUGGCAUUUGUGGGUAUAAUUAUGGGACAGUCCUUGAAACAUUACGUCAUCAAAAGCUGAUAGAUAUACAAGUGAGAGAUGAAUGUUAUGUAUACAGGGAGUCCACGAUCCCUGGAGAAGGAGAGGUGAGGCCAAAGCCAUCGUCGCUGGAGACUAUUACAACAGACACAUCUCAGCCUGGGAACCUGUCCUGGAGCCAUGGAAAUUGAGGCUGAUUUGGGAGAAGAUUGCGCAAUACAGCACUGACCUGGACAGUAGGAACUCAAGACCGCAUGUGCCUCAGACUAAUCUCCAGUGAGCGACUGUGUGUCAACAUAACCAGCUCCCUCAUACAGUUACUGAACGUGACUCAGUCCAGUUGGAGACAGGAUCUCCGGAGGAGACUGAGGGAGGAGGGAGGAGGCACUCAAUUGGAGGAUGUGAGAAUCAAAUCUCACAGGAGGACGGGAAGUGGAAGAUCACAUGAUCAGUCACACGACCCAAUGAUGUCAUCUCAGAUGGAGAGAGGUCUAGCUCUUCUGCACUCUGUGAGGCUCGUUAGCGAGACUCGACAGAGGUCAAAGUUCAUCCCGUUUCUUCUGCGAAACAGCACAGGCCUUUGUCUUCAGUUUGCUACCCUCACUUCAGUUCCCUCUCAGGUUUAUGUGAGUCCAUUGUCAGCCUACCAGAGCACACCGUCAGUGGGUGUGGCUAGAGGAGUGGGCGGGGCAAUUCAGUGGAUGUGGGUGGAGCCCGGAGGGCGGAGCAAGCAUUUGACUUCUCAGCCCACUCCAAACGUCGCCACCAGGACACGAGAUCGCUGAUUGUUCACCAGCUCCUAGUGAGGGUUGAGGGGUGGAGCCAGAUUGACAUUCCAGUCUCAGUGGACAAGAUUGGAGUCUUCUUUAGAGAGGUGCGACCAAGCCACGAAACCAAGUUCUCCCCACACCCUCCUCGCUGGCUGGUCUUUGCCAUCUCUCUGAGCGACACUUGCAAGAUCAUCAAUGUCCGUUCCUCCCUCGUCCUCCACAACACCACAGAGCUCACUCUCGAUGUUAGACUAGAGAGACCCUUCACCUCUUCUCUCUCCUCAUCCAUAGCGAUAUUGCUGCCAGCAGGUGUGAGACGGUGGAUCUCCAGUGCUGCCAGCCAGAGGGUACAUGGCAGUUCCACUCCACCUGGUGGAGUGGGGUAUACGAGUCAGACCCCACGGCUGGGGUACCCAGUACUCCGGGAAGAACCUCGUCUGGAGACACGCCAGCGGGCAGACUCCAACCAGCCACGUCCGCACCUGUGAGAAGAUUGGGGAGGAAGAAGGCACACCAUUCAGAUCUGUUGUGAGUGGUCCAGAGCGAGAAGCUUCCACACAGGAUCCCUCUGAAAAUAACACACCUCUCUCCCAAAUGCUCACAAACAGCGAAAGACUCGGACAAUCUCUCCCUCCCGUCACCAUCUCCAACCUCCUCCCCUGCGAUUUACAAGUAUUUCUCGACCACGAUAAAAGAGCACGCUCCCCGACUAUAAGAUGGUCAGGGAGAGGAGAGAG